AUGCCUUCAAAAAAGAAACGAAACAUUCCAUUCGAUGGUGAAGAUAUAACUCCAACAAAAGACGGAUGUAAUAUUCCCUUUUUUCUCAUUGAAAAGAUUGAUUUUGUUUUCUAUUCAAUAGGCUUAUACAAACAAAUUGUGAAAGAAAAUCCGAAUGGUGAAAAAUCUUGGUUUGAUGAUAAAGUAACCAUUCAUUAUGUUGGAAGUCUUCUUGAUGGAACAAUUUUCAAAGAUACUCGAGAAGAGAAUUCGCCUCUUAGUUUCAAUUUAGGAAGAGGUGAAGUGAUCAAAGCAUUUGAUAUUGCUGUAGAAACAAUGUUAUGUGGAGAAAUUUCAAAAUUCUUCUCGAAACCCAAAUAUGCGUAUGGUUUAAAAGGUUUACCUGGAAAAGUUGAUUCAGCAGCAGAUGUGAUUUUUGAAAUUGAAUUGAUCAGUUCAACAGGAAAAGAUAUAAGUGAAGAAAGGGAUGAAAGUAUUCUUCGACGAAUAAUUAAAAGAGGCGAAGGUUAUGAACCAGCAAAUGAAGAUUCAAUUGUUGAAGUUAAUCUGAAAGGAAGUCAAAAUGAUGAGAUAUUUGAUGAACGAACAGUGACGUUUAUUGCGGGUGCAGGAAUUGUUGAAAAUAUUCCGUCAGGAAUUGAACGAGCGAUAUUUCGUAUGACUAAAAAUGAACAUGAUCGAAUUUAUUUGAAAAAUCAAGCAAUUGAAGAUUUAAAAAAGAAAUUUAAUCUUUCAUCCAAUGAAACAAUUCAAUAUGACGUUAUUUUAACAAAAUUAGAACGGGCAAAGGAAGAACGACAAUUAAGCGACGAUCAAAAACUACAACAAUCAGAGAUUUUAAAAGCGCGUGCAGAUGAAUUUGUUAAAGCUGGUUAUUAUGAUCUUGCAGCGAAAAGAUAUAGAACGGUCUUUCAUUAUCUUUUAAAUGCAACAUUGGUCAGUGAAAGCGAUCGACAAAAAUCGUGGGAAUUGAAAUUUGCAUCGCAAUCAAAUUUAGCUUUAUGUUAUUUGAAACUGGGAAACUAUGCUGAAUGUAGAAGAUCGUGUGAAACUGCACUGGCACAUGAUAAACGACAUGAAAAAUCUCAUUUUCGUCUUGGACAAUGUCGAUUGGCAACAAGAAAUUACGAACAGGCUAUUAAAGAUUUUGAAACCGCUUUAGAGAUUAAUCCAUCAAAUGUUCAAGCGAAGCAACUAAUUGAUGAGUGCCAUCGAAAAAUUAAAGAACAUCGAGUCGAUGAAAAAGAACUUUAUUCAUCAUUUUUCAAAAAAGAAACAAAGAAAUAA